AUGACUGAGUCCGGAACUUCGCCGUCUGACAAGAUCGUGACUCUGGAAGCUCAGAGCAAUAUGGAUUAUCAGCAGCAACAAGCACAAGAUAUGUCAUUAUCAUUAUCAUCACUACCACUGUCAAUGGUAGCAGAUACCCCAGACCUGCCGACCGUUUUGUCCCACAACGACGGCUCCAUCCCUGAUCACUUACACAUUGAUGGGCAACACAACAGCCCAUUGCAGGACCCUAAUAGCUGGCUUCAGAAUAUGACCUUUAGUCCCUUCACGGACAAUUAUGGGAUGUUCAGUUUGCUCAAUUCGAGCGAGCGCCAUGCUUCUGCACACAGUCUGUCAGAAGACCUGAACCUCGCGGAUAGGAACCACUAUACACUCCCAUUCCCACCUUCUCUAGUGGAUGAAUUGAUUGACCUAUUCUUCCUCCGCGUGCAACCUUCCAUCCCCAUUUUUCACGAACCGAGGUUUCGCCAAAAGUUCCACGUCGGCGGCAACAACAGCGAGAGAUACGCGCGCCUGGCGAUCGAGGACGCCCUGAUUUUGACCGCAAUGAUGGGAUUGUCGGCGAGGUUCUCUACCAACGACUUUUUCCCGUCCACCACGUCCAAGGACAAAGGCAAAGUGUUCGCUCGGAAAGCAAACGCCCUGUACGCGGAUGCCCUUCAGAGUGACGAGCGAGGCAUCGACGAAGGCAACGAAAUCUCGCUCGGAUUUCUGCAGGGGUGCAUUCUCCUGGCUUUCUACGAGCAGACGAACCGAAUCACGACGCAAAGCUGGCUCCUUAUAGGCACCUGUUGUCGACUCGCGGUCGAUUUGGGGCUUGACCAAGUGGACAAGGACGUCUUCAUCACCGACGACAUUGCACCGUCCACCGCGCCGCCCGCUGAGGAGCACAACCACCAGCACCAGCACCAUUAUCUGGCAGCAAAGGACUCGUGGGUUCAGAAGGAGGAGAAGAGGCGGGCCUGGUGGCUGGUGUGGGAGUUGGAUGUGUUCGCCGCCACCAUUCUGCGCCGACCACACGCGAUCAACAAGGACCAAAUGCACGUGUUGCUCCCGGUGUCGGACGCGGCCUGGUUCUCCGAAACACCCACCGAGUCGAUCUUCCUUCAAACCGACUUCCUUCACGAGUGGCAGACGUUGGAGACCUGUCCCAGCGCAGACGCACGGGCGUGGUUCCUGGUCACGACCCUUCUUAUGGCCAGGGCCGCCGACCUGGCCUGUGCAGAGAAUACCUUCACCCUGCAGGACAUAGUCAACUUCGGGUCAAGCUUGAAUUGCUUCUCUCUGCUCCUCCCGCAAGGGUUUCAACUCGACUUUGUGCGCGCCCCGUUUGACGAAGGAAGCUUUGCUGCAAACAACUGGGCGCUUCUCACGAUAUUCAUGCUUCACACGUACGUCGCGCACAUUGUUUUUGUUUUCGUCUUCUUCUGGGUGUUCGUGUCGGACGCUGACUAUCCAACCGUCGACAGCGCACGCGUCUUGGUCCGAAACGCACAGUAUAUCAAAUCCCAGAGCGGGAUGCAGAACUCGGCGGUCGUGGCCUCCCUCCCCACCGGCCCGCACAACGAUACGUAUCUCGUCUUCCGCGCCAUGGAGGCCUGGCCACCCGAGUACCUCAUCUACGCCUGUCCGUUCGUCUCGUGCACCAUUAUCGGCCCGGCCUUUGACAACAUCCGGGCUGCGCUACUAUUCGAGCCCGGGGGUCACGGAAACUAUUUGUCCAUGUUGAAGCUGAUUCUCAAGAGGAUUGGAGCGUUCUGGGGGAUUGGAGAGAGCGCACUGAUUAACAGGAAAUACUGGAUACCGGCGGUGUCCUCUGUGUUGCGUGCGAAUAGCUCUUCGCCUCGAAGAAACCUUUCUCAAUACGUCCCUGGUGAGUGGGAGAUCAACCCGGUGCCCUUGGGGGAGACCAGGCAGUAUUUUCGAAUCUAG